AUGAACCUCAACAGCCUCCGGAGGAUAGAGAUCGAUAUCGAUAUCUUCCUCAACCGGUUUAUCCCCCAUCCGCGAUGGCACCGAUAUCCAUACCCUAUUGCCCACUUCCUCGGCCAUAGACGUGAAGCUGUGCCUAAGCUCGGGACGCUGGUAGUCAUAUUCUGGACGUUUGUUGGCGUUUUCUGCGGCCUGUUGACUAUUACUGCAUUAUCUCAACAUAUCCCUUCUUUCACACAACACGAAGCCCCUCUGGUAGUGGGCAGUUUUGGAGCUGCAGCCGUGCUUGCAUACUGUGCUAUAGAAUCACCACUCGCACAGCCCAGGAAUGCAGUGCUUGGUCACUUUCUUGCAGCAGUUGUCGGGGUGGGGAUAACAAAGCUGUUCGCCCUCCAUCCCCGUCAUGAGGAGCUCUACUGGAUAGCAGGCCCUCUGUGCUGUGCUUCUGCCACGCUGGUGAUGGCGCUUACAAAAACGGUCCACCCCCCAGCAGGCGCCACUGCUUUACUUGCAGCCGUUGACCCGAGGACGAGACACCUCGGCUGGUUCCUUCUGCCAGUCGUCCUUCUUGCCUGCACUAUCGUCCUUGUCACAGCUCUGAUCUUCAACAAUAUAGAACGACGCUUCCCGACGCAUUGGUGGACUCCUGUCAGCCUGAUUCCACCAAAGACGGCAGACCUAGAGUCCUCGACUUCCGAAGAGACCGUCCACCCUGAUCCGCCAGGCCAACGGCCCUCCUCCGAUGGCACUGAAAAGCAGCCUGGAGACUAUAUCACCAUCAGACCAGGACAGGUCGAGAUAUCAGGAUCCAUCUCCCUCACUGCCGCUGAACAUGACUUCCUCGAACGACUCAGUAGACGUAUCAUAGACAUAGAUGAGAAAGACGCUUCAACCGAAGAAAAAGCAGACGAACCCAAACAAAACUAG